UUUCCCAAAGUGGUUUAGCCAGACCUGGAAAGUUACUGCCUGGCGUGGCAGGAGCCUCACCGGAGCGCCAGCAGCCAACAGGGAAGCAGAAGCAGUCAGGAUGGACCCUGGGUUCUCUGGAGCUAGACGGUGAAGGCCGGCCCUCCUCCUGCGCCCCCAGCCCUGCCCAUCUCGGCCCCAUGCCCCCGCCAGUCAGCUUCGGGCCCCCGGCAGUGAGCAGGCACGUGGCAGCCAAGGCCCUGUGACCAGGCCAGGGAGACGGGCGCUCCGGGGUCCCAGUCAUCGGCCCCCCCAUGGAGCUGAGGCCCUGGUUGCUAUGGGUGGUAGCAGCAGCAGGAGCCUGGGUCCUGCUAGCAGCUGAUGCUCGCGGCCAAAAGGUCUUCACCAACACUUGGGCUGCGCACAUCCCUGGAGGCUGGGCUGUGGCGGACAGCGUGGCCCGGAAGCAUGGGUUCCACAACCUGGGCCUGAUCUUCGGUGACUAUUACCACUUCUGGCACAGAGCAGUGACGAAGCGGUCCCUGUCGCCUCACCGCCUGCGGCACAUCCGGCUGCAGAGGGAGCCCCAAGUAAAGUGGCUGGAGCAGCAGGUAGCGAAGCGAAGGACCAAGAGGGACGUGUAUCAGGAGCCCACAGACCCCAAGUUUCCCCAGCAGUGGUACCUGUCUGGCGUCACUCAGCGAGACCUCAAUGUGAAGGAAGCUUGGGCCCAGGGCUUCACAGGUCACGGCAUCGUGGUCUCCAUCCUGGACGACGGAAUCGAGAAGAACCAUCCUGACUUGGCGGGCAAUUAUGAUCCUGGAGCCAGUUUUGAUGUCAAUGACCAGGACCCUGACCCACAGCCGCGGUAUACACAGAUGAAUGACAACAGGCACGGCACUCGGUGUGCCGGGGAAGUGGCAGCAGUGGCCAACAAUGGCGUCUGUGGUGUGGGCGUGGCUUACAACGCCCGGAUUGGAGCACCCCUUUUCCCACCCACUCUGCGGCCAGGGGUGCGCAUGUUGGACGGCGAGGUGACUGACGCAGUGGAAGCUCGUUCCCUGGGCUUGAACCCCAACCACAUCCACAUCUACAGCGCCAGCUGGGGCCCGGAGGACGACGGCAAGACCGUGGAUGGGCCAGCCCGUCUCGCCGAGGAGGCCUUCUUUCGGGGAGUUAGCCAGGGUCGCGGAGGGCUGGGCUCCAUCUUUGUCUGGGCCUCAGGGAACGGGGGCCGGGAACACGACAGCUGUAACUGUGACGGCUACACCAACAGCAUCUACACACUGUCCAUCAGCAGUGCCACACAGUUCGGCAAUGUGCCCUGGUACAGCGAGGCCUGCUCCUCCACGCUGGCCACCACCUACAGCAGUGGCAACCAGAACGAGAAGCAGAUCGUGACGACUGACUUGAGGCAGAAGUGCACCGAGUCACACACCGGCACCUCGGCCUCUGCCCCGUUGGCGGCUGGCAUCAUCGCUCUCACCCUGGAGGCCAAUAAGAACCUCACCUGGCGAGACAUGCAGCACCUGGUGGUUCAGACCUCAAAGCCAGCCCACCUCAAUGCUAAUGACUGGGCCACCAAUGGUGUGGGCCGGAAAGUGAGCCAUUCCUAUGGCUACGGGCUGUUGGAUGCCGGUGCCAUGGUGGCCCUGGCCCAGAACUGGACGACAGUGGCCCCCCAGCGGAAGUGCGUCAUUGACAUCCUAGUGGAGCCCAAGGACAUUGGCAAACGGCUAGAGGUGCGCAAGUCUGUGACAGCGUGCCUAGGCGAGCCCAACCACAUCACCCGGCUGGAACAUGCUCAGGCUCGGCUCACCUUGUCUUACAAUCGCCGCGGGGACCUGGCCAUCCACCUCACCAGCCCCUUGGGCACCCGUUCCACCUUGCUGGCGCCCAGACCCCAUGACUACUCCGCUGAUGGGUUUAACGACUGGGCUUUCAUGACCACUCAUUCCUGGGAUGAGGACCCCUCUGGCGAAUGGGUCCUCGAGAUUGAAAACACCAGCGAAGCCAACAACUAUGGGACGCUGACCAAGUUCACUCUGGUACUGUAUGGCACAGCCUCUGAGGGGCUCUCCACACCUCCCGAAAGCAGCGGCUGCAAAACCCUCACGUCCAGCCAGGCCUGCGUGGUGUGCGAGGAAGGCUUCUCACUGCACCAGAAAAGCUGUGUCCAGCACUGCCCACCAGGCUUCACGCCCCAAGUCCUUGAUACACACUACAGCACCGAGAAUGACGUGGAGGUCAUCCGUGCCAGCGUCUGCACCCCCUGUCACGCCUCCUGUGCCACAUGCCAGGGCCCAGCUCCCACAGACUGCCUCAGCUGCCCCAGCCAUGCCUCCCUGGACCCUGUGGAGCAAACCUGCUCCCGGCAGAGCCAGAGCAGCCGCGAAUCUCGACCUCAGCAGCCGCCGCCGCCUCCCGCACUGCCCCCGGAGGUGGAGGUGGAGCCCCGGGUGCAGACCGGCCUGCUGCCCUCCCACCUGCCUGAGGUGGUGGCCGGCCUCAGCUGCGUCUUCAUCGUGCUGGUCUUCGGCACCGUCUUCCUGGUCUUACAGCUGCGCUCCGGCUUCAGCUUCCGGGGCGUGAAGGUGUACACCAUGGACCGGGGCCUCGUCUCCUACAAGGGGCUGCCCCCCGAAGCCUGGCAGGAGGAGUGCCCAUCUGACUCAGAAGAGGACGAGGGCCGGGGCGAGAGGACCGCCUUUAUCAAAGACCAGAGCGCCCUUUGACGAGCCCACUGCCCGCCCUGUCAAAUUGAUCCCUUCCUUGGGCACUUUUUAAUUCACCAAAGUAUUUUUUUAUCUUGGGACUGGGUUUGGACCCUAGUUGGGACGCAAGAGGGGCAGACACUGCUUUCUACCCCACCCUUGGGCCUACCUGUUUGCCUGAGGUGGGGUCCCCGGAGCCUCACCCCCUACACCCCUCCACGUGGAGAAGGAGUAAAAUCUUUAGGGCAGCUUCCAAGGCCCAGCUGGAGUUCCUGCGGAGUGACGAGGGGCGGCCUUUCCCUGGGCCCUUGACCAGGCUGCAGCCCUGCCCCUUUCCUGCCCCCCAGAAAGCAAUAAUGGUCCCCAUCCAGGCAACAGGGAGGCUGGCCAGGAGGUACCUGAAGAAGGCGGCCACCUCUCCAAGGGCUUUUGCAUUCCCUGCCCCUCUCUGGCUCCUGGAUGAGCCUCCGCAGAAGCUGCAGUUGUAGGAGGGACCAAAGCCAAGCAGGCCCUUUCCAGCGUGCCCGCCUGCCCGUCCGUCUGUCCGUCCGUCCGUCCUUACGUGCUCUCAGCCUGCCUCCGCACUCCAGGCCUCCACUUCAGCUGGGAGCCAGGCUGAGCUAGGCUGGCGCGGGCCAAGCUAAAGCUCUGGGGGCCUUAAGCUGGUGUCCUGACCAUCCUGUCUAUGGCACCCUCCCCCGCCCCCUGCCAGGGCCCUGUUUUCUGAGCCCGGGGCUGCCUGGGCUGUUGGCACUCACAGUACCGGCGCCCCUGGGUGGGUGGUGGGAGGGGACGGUGGCCCAGCCGGCUCCUCCCGCCUCCCACCCGAUGCUGCUUUCCCCUGUGGGGAUCUCAGGAGCUGUUUGAGGAUAUAUUUUCACUUUGUGAUGAUUUCACUUUAGAUGCUGAUUUUUUUUUUUUUUUGUAUUUUUAAUGGGGGUAGCAGCUGGACCAUUCACCUCCUCACACCCAUGCCCACCCUGCCCUUUCCGUGGCUGCGCAGCCCUGAGGUAUGGGGGCUGCAGCCUAUUGCUGAGGAGUAGGGGGUAGCUAAGCCCCAUGUCCUGAAGAGGCGGCAGGCUGGCCAGGUGGGCUCUAGGAAAGGGGUCGGGGUAGGAGGGUAGACUGACAUCUCUGUUUCAAUGGGGUUGUGCCAAGGGCUUAUGGGUCGCCGGCUCUCCGGUGCCAGGGGUGGGCAGGUGGCAGCACCGAGCCCUUUCUAACACUGUGCCCUGGUGGAGAAGGCGUGGCCUCGGAUGCCCCCAGCCCUCUUCUGAUGUGCCUUUUGCGCCCCUCCCAGUAGGACAAUCAGUCCCCUCCCGCCUGGGACCCCCUUUUUCUUUUCCCUAGCCCUUCCUGGUACCCAGCCGACCUGCCCAGGGGUGCCCCUUCUUCUCCUGCCCACCCCUCGUGGCCAUCCCGGCUGGUUUUGUAAGAUACUGGGUUGGUGCACAGUGAUUUUUUUUUUCCUUGUAAUUUAAACAGGCCUGGCAUUGUUGGUUCUAUUUAAUGGACACAAGAUAAUGUUAGAGGUUUAAAGUGAUUAAACGUGCAGACUAUGCAAACCAA